CUGGUAUCAUUUGGUGUCUGGCAACACGGGUCGACAUAUUUAACACGGAACCCGCCAUUUGUUGACGAAUUUAGUACAAUCGAAACCACAAUAGAUAAAAAACCAGUCAUCACACACAUCAUAACACAAGCUACACAAAGCCUUCUAGUAGCACGAUGAUUAAUUUUGUUGAGUGAAAAGCAUGACUCGUAGGAGAAGUGUCGUCUGGGAUUAUUUUGAAGAAGUCGGUACGGAAUGGGCGUUGUGCCUGUUGUGUAAACAUGUAUUGCGGAAACACGAACAAGGCAGCACCACACAGAUGCUGAGACAUCUGCGCACCAAACACACAAACAAGGCAGUCAUGGAACUUGGUCGGACCGAAGGACAGGAAGCCUCGACUGGACAACAGCCCACGGACACUGGUGGCGCACAAGUGGAGGUGGAACUGGAAGAGGCAGACUCGGACAUCAUCGUAGCUGUAAACGACACUGACAUUGAUUAUGCACUAACUGGGAUCCUUGUAGCUGCACAGGGAGAGCCCAUGGAAGAAAAAACAGUAGAAGAAGUCGUGGUCAAAAAUCUGCUCCCUUUGAAGACAAAAUCACAACGUCGGAGUAUGAUAUGGAGACACUUUGAGCACUUAGAAAGUUUAGAUGCUUGUCAAUGUUUGAUUUGCAAUAAGAAGAUAAAGUGCUCGUCUGAAAGCAGCACCAGCAACCUGCAUAGACACAUGUCAAAGAGACACCCGCAUGUGAAUUUACGAACAGGCGAGGUGAUGAAUCAGCCAACAUCCAAUACAUCCUCAGACAUAAUUCCAAAGCAUCGUAGGAAGACAUUUCCAUCAAAGCUCAUCAAUGACGUAGCAGUUUCAGUGGAUAUGGAAAUGGAGGAGACAGACUCCAACAUCAUCGCUGUAAACGACACUGACAUUGAUUCUGCAUUAAACGGCAUCCUUGAAGCUGCACAAGGAGACAAAACGGAUGAAGUCGCCCAAAAUCCACUCCCUUCAAAGACAAAAUCACAACGUCGAAGUAUGAUCUGGAGACACUUUGAGCGUUUGGAAAGUUUAGAUGCUUGCCAAUGUUUGAUCUGCAAUAAGAAGAUAAAGUGGUCUGGGGAGGGCAGCACCAGCAACCUGCACAGACACUUGUCAAAGAGACACCCGCAUGUAAAUUUGCGGACAGGAAAGGUGCUGAAUCAGCCAACAUCUAACACAUCCUCAGACAUAAAGGAUGUAACAGUUUCAGAUGUGCUCCAGGUUUCACAGGCAACUGCAGGAGAGAGGUGUGCUUUUAAGAGGGAGCUGGAGUUGAUAGAAGCUCUAAGGAGUGCACAGAGGGAGGAGGCGCAAGCUCUGGAGCAUCAGAGGGAGCUUGUCGAGAAGCUGAGGGCCAUCAACGCUAGAGAGGCUGCUCUAGAGAAAGAGCAAAUUGAAUCUCUCAGAAGAGCACAGCAGGAGGAAGCCCAAAAAUUAAGUAGACAGAGAGAAGAGCUUGAGGUAGAAAAGGCAGCAUUACAGAGGAAAUAAGAACUCGAGCAAAAGGAGCAACUACUUUUGCUUUCAAGAGAACGUCCGACCUCUUUUUCACUAAUAGUGAGAUUAUUUUUUUUAAUUGACUAGCUUGACACCAACGCAAAUACCUGUUGUCUUUUUCUGUGACCAAAAUCUGCCUUGUAGGCCAGUUUUUGCAUCUUUGAUUUUGCUUCCUGAAGUAACGUAUGAUUAGUACAAAGUACAAACUGUAAAGGGUAAACAAGAGCAUCUCUUGUGCACAUUCCUCUACAGGUGCACUAAAAAUUCACAGCAACUACGCUACAGAGGGUAUUUAAAUAAAAGCAUGCAAUGCUGAUCUCCUCAUUUCAAACAAUUUAAUGAAACAAAUGCCAUAGAGCAUCAAUUACAGCUUUUCAUCGACCUCUUCUGGAGUACAAUUACGGGGACGGCGUGGCGAAGUUGGUAGAGUGGCCGUGCCAGCAAUCGGAGGGUUGCUGGUUACUGGGGUUCAAUCCCCACCUUCUACCAUCCUAGUCACGUCCGUUGUGUCCUUGGGCAAGACACUUCACCCUUGCUCCUGAUGGCUGCUGGUUAGCGCCUUGCAUGGCAGCUCCCGCCAUCAGUGUGUGAAUGUGUGUGUGAAUGGGUGAAUGUGGAAAUACUGUCAAAGCGCUUUGAGUACCUUGAAGGUAGAAAAGCGCUAUACAAGUAUAACCCAUUUAUCAUUUAUCAUUAAUUAUGAGCCCCUACAAGGCAACUAGCUAAUUCCAAUGGUAUUCAGGCCUGGAAGAAGUGCAGGUUGCUCAAUUGUAGGUUCCCCUUAUCUCCAGCAGCUGCCCCCAAUGAGCAUUGUGGUCCAUGAAGAUCAAAUCAGGCCUGUGUCAUUUACAGGCACAAUAACUGUAUUGAUCAUGUUAUUUAGGUAGUAUACUAUUCACAGAGUGUAUUGAAUCAAUCACAACUUGACUUUGCAGAGGUUUUUUCCUCUCAUCUUAGCAGGCUUCAUCAGUUCUAUGUAGACUAGAUCUGGCCUGUCUAAGUGAGUGUGUGUGGAAGAGAAUAUUCAGUGUGGGGCAGUUUGUAUUAACUCAACCAGGGGUUGGGAACUUCUAUCAAAAGAGAGCCAUUUGCCUCCUCUUCCAUUAAAGAAAAAGCUUACAACUACAAAAAUGAAACAUCCUAUAAAGUUUUAUGAUUUUAAUAUUUUUUUUAUUAGACUUGUUACAACUAAAGAAUACUGUACAAUAAAAAGAAGUGCAUGUGUAACAAAUGCCAUGUGGCUGUGCAAUAAUAGUAGAGUAUGUUGGUUGAACCUCACAAGAACUGCGCUGCACAGUCUAGUGACAGCCUCUGGUUUCCAUCUUAGUUACACAUUUGUAAGCCUACUUUGAAAUAAAUGACUACUUUUUAGAAAAUGCAGAGUGUUUGUUUCGAAAAUGUCUUUCACAUUGCAUUUUAUUUUGUUGGCUCAUUUCUUGACACAUACCAAUUACAGGUUGGCCAGCAUUGUUUUUUUUCUCUGAGAUUGUUCACAAGAUUGUUGUGGAUACCUUUCGAUCAGUCA